ACUUUCCGCCUUUCACGUCAUUUGUCACGGUAAACAGUGUCGUUCAGCAUUGUUUGAAAUCUUGUUGAAUUUUUUUUUAACUAGGAAUUGUUUAUAAACACGUAAAAAAUCAAAUUUUAUCGUGUCAAAAUGUAUUUGAUGUACUAUUUAGACGAAUCUGGUAAUCGUGUCUACACUCUAAAGAAACUCGAUCCAAGUGGCAAACCCACGAUGUCUGCUCAUCCAGCAAGAUUUUCACCUGAAGACCGAUAUUCUAAAGAAAGAAUAAUAAUGAAAAGUCGAUAUUCGUUGUUAAUGACACAAAAACCUAGUCCGGUAUAUUGAUAAAACGAAUAAGUACAUUUUUAUUUAGAAUAAGUUAGGUUAAGUUUGUACCAUGUGUGAAAUUUAAAUAAAAUGAUUUUGUGAGAAAAA